UAGCGCGCGGCAGAGGAGCAGCCACACGGACCCGCUCAGCCCUUUCUCUCUGGAUCCUGUCGUCAAUGUUUGUUUAUGUGGCAUUUUUUUGUUCCGGAAUAAGUCUGAUAGGGGGGAGUGGGUGGCGGGAUGUCUGCUCUAAAGGAGAACCAGUGUUACGGUUUAUCCAGCGGUAAACUGAGCAACGGCGCUAACGUCUCUGUUUUUCAUGUAAAACUCACUGACAGCGCGGCAAGAGCCAUUUGCUCCUUUCAAAGCGGCAAGGCUGGGUCUUCCCGUUCCACCAUCAGUUUUAAUGGCAGCAAAGGGAGAAUCUCCGUCCCCUGCUCGGAGAACAAAGACGACUGCAGGACCUUCACCUUUGGCGUGACGAGCGUCGCCCGUGAUAAUCCCAAUGGAAGCUUUGACUGCUUCCAACAGCUUCGCACUGGUGUUGACGAGGAGCUGUCAUGUCUCGGGGUGAUUCAGAAAAAGAUGACAGUGAACGCUACAGAUGACUCGUACGAUAAGGCUCGGCAGAGCAUGGCUCAGGCUGAGGAGGAGACGCGCAGCCGCGGGGCCAUCGUCAUCAAGCAGGGGGGGGGGCGCUUCCAAGGUAAGAAGGUGACGGUGCGAGCCCCGAAUCCCGCGCUGGCCAGCCUGGCCAAACCCCAACAGUCGCCCCAGUCUCUCCUCGGCAACAUUAAGAGGCGUGUCCAAGUUGCCGUGUCCAAGCCGAAGAAGUGUGCUUCACACAGGAAGAGUGUUGGUGACGUGCAGGAGAGGCCGCUCAGGGAGAGAGUCACACAUCUGUUGGCCCUGAGGCCUUUCAAGAGGCCGGAGCUCAUCUUGAGGCUGCAGAGAGACGGACUGACAGCCAGAGACAAAGACAUGAUGGACUCUGUGCUGAUGGAGGUUGGUCAGCUGAACAUUAGAGACAAGACAUUUGUCCUGAAGGACGCUGUGUAUAAGGAACUGCACAAGGACUGGCCAGGCUACACCUCAGGAGACCAGCAGCUGCUGAAACGAAUCCUUGUCAGGAGACUAUUUCAGCCACAACAGAACCUCCUCUCCGUCCCAGAGGCUCAGGUCAGUCCACUCAGAGAUACCCCCAACUCCUCCCCGGCGCGCCGCCCAAAACCCUCCCUGCCAGAGGAAUACACCGACCCUUUGGCCAAUAAGAAGCCCAGGAUAUCCCGCUUGUCCUGCAAAACAGCUGAUGUCAAGUCAAGAGCGAGGCGGUCAGAACAAGCAGCUUUUAAAGACGUCACAGAAGCGACAGGGAAUGGCGGGCAAAGGAACUCUCUUGAUUCUCGAAAGCUCUCAGACUCUCUGUCAGCAGCCUGUCAGCGGGAAGUGGCCGAGAGGCUAGAACCAACUCUGGUUCUUCAGGAGGAACCCAAAGUCACAGCAGACUCCCCUCCACCCAACUCUGAUCUCCCUCCCUCUCCUCUGACGGUGACUGAUCUGCACAGACACACCAUCAAAAGGAAGAAGAGCAAACACAAGCACAGCGAUCAGGAGAAGGAGAAGACGAGGGACAAGAAGAGAAGGAAGAAGGAUCACAGCUCAGAGGAUCCAAACGAUAAAGUGUCCAUGGACCGCAUAAAGCCCAGCGACAUUUUGUUUCAAUCUAGUGUGCUUCAAGAAGACAAUGACGCAGAAGACUAUUUACUGACGUACACAGCCAUUUGCAGCCAUGACAGCAGACAGAGCUACAAGAAGGACUUCAACACGGAGUACAGCGAGUACAGAGAUCUCCACGCUCGUAUUGACGGAGUGACACGGCAGUUCAUGGAGCUGGACGCGCAGCUCAAAGAGCUACACCACGGAACGCACAAAUACAAGACGGUUCGCAAUCAAAUUCUUCAGGAGUAUCGCAAAAUUAAAAAGUCCAACCCUAACUACAACAAGGACAAGACUCGCUGUGAAUAUCUACACAACAAACUGGCCCACAUCAAGAAGCUCAUAUCAGAGUACGACCAGCAGCAGCUCUGACUGUUGGACCGGUGAACUCCAGAGAGAACAACAAUCAUCCUGACGGGUUCACCACGCUGAGCUGAAGCAGAGGACUGAGGUCUGCGGCCUUCACGGCUAAACGUAGAUUCAGAAGUCCUGCUGGAAAUGUCCCUGAGGACGGGGAUCGUUUGUGCAGAACAGACGUGGAAAUAUAAGAAAAGCAUAACUGUAAUAUGAGAUCUUUUCUUACAAGAUUGAUGAAAUCUUUGAAUCAAUGGGCUGCUACUACAGUGAACCAAUACUGCCAAGGUCAGAAGGAGUAACAAAGGUUUUUAUAAAAGCUCCUGAAGCUACAACUGUGUUCUCAAUUUAAAAAAUGCAAUCGGCUUCAUGUGGAGAUGAGGUGCUAAUAUAAACAAAUAAUAAUAUGUAUAUUCCUAUAGUGUUUUUGUAAAUUAAAUCCAUGUGUGUGUUCUGUCAGCCAUGUCAGCUUUAACGUUUAAGAAAGCGUGAUAACUUCAUAAUGUACAUCCAGACAGAGAACCAGCUGGGACUGUGGGAUGAGUAAACUGAGACAGUGUUAGUGUUGGGUCAGUUCUCCUCAGGACUGAUCUUCCCUGUAAUCACUCCUGAAAGUAUUGCCAGUGCCUGAAAUGGUUUCUAAUCCCAGACUGGAUUCAUAGUAUUCCACUGGUGUUAUCCUUAAUGCGGCUUCCCUGGAGGGCUGGAGACUGUUAUGUUCACCACGUGUUAACUUAAAGUUGGAUUCAGGGAAGUCGCAGGAUGAUAACUUGUUUUAAUGAUCAAAGUACAGAAAGUUACAGAGUCAUUGUUACUGUAUGCUGAGAUUGUGGUUGCAUGCUUUUUGCUUUAAACAUGCAUGAGAUAGAGAAAUGUUGUCAGACUUUUAAAUAAAUUCAUUUGUAUUCA